CCGGGGCCGAGCGCUCCUCGUGAGCGGCGGGGCCGGGCCGGGAGCCCCGGGCGGGAGCCCCGGGCCGGGAGCCCCGGGCGGGCCAUGGCGGGGAGCGGCGGAGCCGGGGCGGCCCCGCGGGAGCACCGCCUGCAGCCCGGGGACACCCUGCAGGGGCUGGCGCUGCGCUACGGGGUGACGAUGGAGCAGAUCCAGCGCGCCAACCGCCUCUACUCCUCGGACAGCAUCUUCCUGAGAGCCACGCUGCUCAUCCCGGGACAGCGCGACAGCCCCGGGGACACCGGCGGGGACAUUCCCGGGGACAUUCCCGGGGACACCGGCGGGGACAGCCCCGGGGACAGCCCCGGGGACACCCCCGGCCCCUCCCGGCGCGACCUCUCGGCCUCGGAUUUCCUGCGGCGCUUGGACGCCGAGAUCGGGCGCUGCAAGGAGGCGGCGGCGCAGCGGCUGCAGGGCCCGAGCUCCAGCCCCGGGCCGGGCGGGGGCGGCCCUGGCCCCGUGUCCCCUCGGGGGGCCCGGCUGGGACCCCGACCCCUCACCAGGACCCCGCGGGCGGCCGCGCUCAGGGACAGCGAGGACGAGAUCUUCACCUUGUGACAGCUCUGGGGACACUGGGGACACUGGAAUGGGACACUGGAAUGGGACAUCGGGGACACCCAGGAUGAGAUCUGCACCUUGUGACAGCAGUGGGGACACUGGGGACACCCAGGACGUGACACUGAAGACACCCGGGAUGUGACCCGGGAGGUGCCACCAGAACUGAGCUCGGAGGUGCCACCACAGGUGCCACUGGGAUGUGACACCGGGAUGUGACACCGGGAUGUGCCACCAGCAGGUGUCACCACCGCUCCUCGCUGCCAGGACCCCGAGGGGACACGGGGACUUUGGGGAGGUGUCCUGGUGUCCCCUCCUUGUCCCCGUUUGGGGCUGCAGGGACAGGGAUGGUGACAGUGCCACCUCCCGCUGCCAGCUUGUAAAUAAACCGGAGCAUUGUCACCGGC